GGAUAGGGAAAGUGAUUCGACUCCACAACGGAAAAAACUGAAGAAAAUGAUAUGGUAGUAAUUUGCUAGUGAGAGAAAUUUGAGAGAGAGAAAGAUGGAGGGGAUAGAGCACAGAAUGGUGAAGGUGAACGGCCUAAACAUGCACAUAGCAGAGAAGGGUGAAGGUCCAUUGGUCCUAUUCCUCCACGGCUUCCCGGAGCUUUGGUACUCGUGGCGACACCAAAUCGUCUACAUGGCGGCCCACGGGUACCGAGCGGUGGCUCCGGACCUCCGUGGGUACGGCGACACCACCGGAGCGCCCACCUCCGCCAGCCAAUACACCGUCCUCCACCUGGUGGGCGACUUGGUGGCACUCCUGGAUGCCAUAGCGCCAGAGCAGGAUAAGGUGUUUGUGGUGGGACAUGACUGGGGUGCAUACAUUGCGUGGCACUUGUGUUUGUUUAGACCUGAAAGAAUCAAGGCUUUGGUUAACCUCAGUGUUGCGUUUACGCCGAGGAACCCUCAGGGAACGCUCGUUGAGCUCCUUCAUGCUGCCUAUGGCGAUGAACACUACAUGUCCAGAUUUCAGGAACCGGGAGAUAUAGAAGGCGAAUUUGCUGACAUUGGUACCAAAACAUUUCUAAAGAAGUUCCUAACAUUUCGCAAUCCGGAGCCAUUUUAUUUCCCUAAAGGUAAAGGGUUUGCAAAUUCACCAGCUGAUACUCCAGUUAUCUUGCCAUCUUGGUUGUCAGAAGAAGAUGUUGAUUAUUAUGCUACCAAGUUUGAGAAGACUGGUUUCACCGGAGGUCUCAACUAUUACCGAGCUCUCCACCUAAGCUGGGAACUUAGUGCAGCCUGGACUGGAGCUCAAGUGAAAGUACCUGCAAAGUUUAUUGUGGGGGACUUAGACUUGACCUAUCACAUGCCAGGCGUCAAGGAAUACAUACGAGAUGGCGGGUUCAAGAAAGAUGUGCCAUUGUUGCAGGAAGCAGUUGUAAUAGAAGGUGCUGCCCACUUUAUCAACCAAGAGAAGCCAGAUGAGAUCAACAAACACAUUUUUGACUUCAUCAUCAACUUCUGAUUUUCUUCUCUAUUUCAUGUGUGUUUCCCAGCUUGGAGAUUGUUGUGAUGCAUUAUUUGUGUGGCUCAAUUAAACUGUGUUCCUCUAUGAAUCCUGACAGUUGCUGCAAUAAAUUAGUGUGCGCGCAGCAUGUGACAUUCCUCUACUGGUUCAUGUAAUUCUCUCCAUCUCUAUAUGUGUGCACGGACGUAAUAAAAAAUUCUGUAAUUGGAAUCUGUGUUUUCUAGCUUGAA